UAGUAUCUCCACGAGAUAGUUCAGUCUCAGAACCACCUUAAAUCUUAUGAUACCUUUAUUUCUCUUCUUAAACCAACAGACACCUCUUAUGUUUUAGCCACCACGAAAAAUAAACACAACCACACAGUCACACACAGAGCUUGUUUUAUUUCCAUACGCAUAAUACUAAACUGUGUGCACAGUCAUCCUAGCCUAGUCAACUCACAUUCUUCUGGGAAGCUUUUGCUUUUGUUUUUGUUGUUGACAAUGGAUUUUGAAUGGAUGUGGGACUUUCUUGAGGGCAUGUUGAAACCUUUGGCUGCGACCAUGGUGGUGGUCAUGGCGGUGCUGUUGUCUUAUUUGCAAAAGUUGGGUUUGGAGAGGGAGAUGAUUUAUUCAAUUGCCAGGGCAUUUCUUCAGCUUUCUAUCAUUGGGUUUGUUCUGCAAUUCAUUUUCAGUCAGGAAAAUAGUUUGUGGAUCAUUCUGGCUUACCUCUUCAUGGUCUCUGUUGCUGGUUAUACGGCUGGUCAACGGGCUAAACAUGUCCCUCGAGGGAAGUAUGUUGCAGGAGCUUCCAUCCUGGCUGGAACUGCAGUGACCAUGUUCCUGCUGCUUGUGCUAAAUGUAUUUCCUUUCACUCCACGAUACAUCAUCCCUGUUGCAGGUAUGAUGGUUGGGAAUGCAAUGACAGUAACUGGGGUAACCAUGAAGAGACUCAGAGAUGACAUCAGAACACAAAUGAACCUGGUGGAGACUGCAUUGGCUCUUGGUGCAACUCCGCGUCAAGCAACACUUCAGCAAGUGAAAAGGGCUCUGGUUAUUGCACUAUCUCCAGUGUUGGACAAUGCCAAAACUGUUGGUCUUAUCUCACUUCCUGGUGCAAUGACUGGACUUAUAAUGGGAGGAGCUUCCCCUCUGGAAGCCAUUCAGCUACAGAUUGUGGUAAUGAACAUGCUUGUAGGUGCAUCAACAGUUAGCAGCAUCAUGUCUACUUACCUGUGCUGGCCUUCCUUCUUCACCAAAACUUUCCAGUUAGAAACAAAGGUCUUCACUGCCGAAUGAGUUUCGCAUGUAGUUUUGCUCCCAAUGCUCAGCCCCGGUUAACCAAAUAAAGAGCUGAUGCAUGAGUUGUGGGAGAAGCAGCUUCCACAUCUGAGGCCUCUCUACUCGGUUAUGUGUAUAAAUGCAUCGGUUUUUGUGAUGGGUAAUUUUCCAAUCGAGAAUGUUUAGAUGUAGAAAUUAUUCUUUUUUCUAGGCUAAAAUCCCCAUCCCCCCUCUCCUAAAUGAGGAGAUUUUAUUCCCAAGAAGAUACCCUAAAAAAAUUCAGGGUAUAUAUGUACAAAAAUAUGCCAAAAUUGUAUAAAGGUUGGCUCCCCUUGUGCUGAGUGGCAUGCUGAAAGUCUUAUUCGUUUUGGCGAAAUAAAAAAUUUAAUGUUAAACUUGCCUUUUUA